GAUUAGGCGUUGUCAUUUUUACCAGUCAGUUUAGGGGCGAAAAAAAAUAUUACUUUCAGUUCAGGUAGAGCUCGUUCGUCAACAUAAAUUGUUGUACAAAAUUCAAAGAACCGGAACCGGAAAUCGCUUUUCAAGACGCGAUUCGCAACAUUUGGCGAUUAAAUUGUACGUUAUCCCCACCGAUUCCGCUAAAUCUAUACCAAAUGGAAGCCGCCGAGGGUCAAGGAUUGGUCAUUAAAAUGGCCCAAAAGAACAAGGAGACCCAAACGGUGAAGUUGGGGGCCGGCGGCGGUCUGGCCAACAACUGGUUCGGCUAUGGCGCUGGCGGGGCUGCAUUCGGUAUCCAACAUCCGAUGGCUCAUCCUCCGGCGGUCAUUCCGAACACCCCCGUAUCGUGCCAGUUCUACAUGGAUCGUGAGGAGCAGCUGUACCGUCGCGCCUGCCAGCUGAAGGGCAUACGUCUAAACAAGAUCCAAGCGGACGAAGGCUCGACCGGCUCCGAUGAGGAGCCCUCGAAGACCGUCUACCGCUACACGCUGGAUGAGAUGAAAAGCUACAAUCCGUAUCGCUUCAUCAACUUUUAAGUGUCCCCGUAUUGUCAAAAAACACCAUCGCCCCCACAUUCCCAUCUACAUGGCAUCGCCCGUCCACGCAACCGAAGGUAGCCCUCGCAUUAGCCCCAGCCUCUGCACCAGCAUCUGCACCAGCCUCUGCAUUCCUAUCAGAAUUGAAUCCAGAUCUAGAGAUAGCACCAAUACCACCCCAUUAUCCACAAGAUGCGAGCUUGUGGCGACACCACCAUGCAUGCCUCCCCAAAGAAACAGAAACAGCGACGAGAACAGGAGCAGCGCCGAGAGCCAGGACAACACCAACGGACACCUAAUAUAUGUUCGUAGCCGUUCCGUCAUCCCAAUGCUAAAAACAAUAAGAAAUUGUUCAUAAACGACAGCCAUGCUGGUCAACCAAA